AUGGGAAACACCCUUUGUUGCAUGAACAGCGACUUGAAAAACAGUAAAUCAAACAUACAUAUAUACAAAUAUGACCCGCAAGAGAUAUAUGGAGAUUAUGAUGACUGGACACUGGAAAGCUGGGUAGAUAAAUACAAGAAUGGAAAUUCAAUUAAGGUUGCAUUUCCUGAUGGUAAUGAAAUUCAGUGCCAUUUUAAAAUUUUUCUAAAGGAAAGAUAUUUUGAGUUAUCCCUAGAUAAUAAAGUUCGAGUUAUCAAAUUUAAUGACAUUAAUUGUGUACUUCACAGAAAUAGUUGCGAAUCAUUACUAGAAUCUGAACAAAAUUUACUAAAGUCCCCUAAGAUCAUUGGAAUCCGUUUAAUAAGUACACUUAAGGCAAUUGCAUUCGCGAUGGAUAGUCCAGGAGAAGCACGAAUGUUUUACGAGUUUAUAGAAAAGUACUGCUUAAAUGAUUAG